CUGAUAGGACUGGUAGGAGUGACCCGUUAGUCGUUUUACUGAAAACGUGACACGGCGUCUAUUCGUCUCUUCAAUGGUAAAUUUCUUUCAAAUUAUUAAUUGUAUAAUUAAAAUUCGAGAAAGCUACGUCCACUGCUCUUCUGCAAGAGAUAGACGACAUAAUAUUGAAUAUCAUUGAUAUCACGAAUGCUCUUUAUACUUUUCUAUUUCAAAGAGUCUUCUUCGAUAGAAAAUCUGUACAAAUAUUUUUCAUCGUGUUCAACGCUUCGCUGAGCCAAUUUACACGCACUUUACAAAAGAAAUGGCAACAAGUGGAAAUUGCGUGGGUCUCGCACAAAUUCAUCCUGUUGACAAUCCUGUCGAUCUUUUUAAGAUAUGGCGCGAUGAAGCGAUAAAAUUUCAAACUAGAUUGGUAGACGCCUGUUGUCUAGCAACUGUCUCUUUCCCGAAUUUCAAAGUCAGCUCGAGAAAUGUGAUGUUACGAGAAUUUAAUGAUAACGGUUUUGUCAUCAUGACAGACGCACGCAGUCAGAAAGUCAAGGACAUGGAUUAUAAUCCAUAUACUGCUAUGUGCUUUUUAUGGUAUUAUAAGAAUGACGAACAACAUCCUGUUAUGCGACAGGUGAGGAUAGAGGGACUGAUGAAAAAACUGGAAAGACCGGCUUGCCAACUUAUAUACGAGAAGGAACCGUUGUACUGUAAAAUCAGAGCCCACCUCUGCCAUCAGGACCAACCGGCUAACUGGGACGAUUUAAAUCGACAGUAUAAUGAGAUAUUAGCACAGACACACAAAGGAGAGGAUUUACCAAUGCCGGAUCAUGUCAUAGCGUAUACAUUAUCGCCUGAAGUGAUGGAAUUUUAUUACGCAUGGGAUCAUUUAAUCGCCGAUCGAAUACGUUACGACAAAAAUGAGGAUCGUUGGGAACAUCAAAGAAUAGCAGCAUAAUUUUGUGUACAAUGUGUGUGCGCGCACUUAUAGAUGUGUUCUCACAAAUUAUUCUAUUUUUAUUAAAGCGUGAAUUAAACUGAUCUGGUAUGUUACUAAACGAUCCAAUAGUUUCUCGACUUUUAUAAUCGUAUUUACAAUAUUCAGAUUCGAUAUCUUUACUAUUUUUGGUUAAAUAAAGUUUUAUAUGUGUACAUAAUUAUAAAUAAUCUUUUUAAAAAACGCGACAAUACUGAGAGCUUUUAUUUAUACACUUGUAAUAUUAUUAUAAAUAUAUAUUUAUAAAACUGUCAUAUUUAAGAAAAUAAUGAAAAAGAUCUUGGAUAGUAGUCUGUACAUAUUGAAUAGUCAUGUACUAACAAUGACAUUUUUGAAAUUAAUAUAUUUAUAUUACAACU